AUGGCCGUCACCUCGAAGAACCUCUUCCGGGUGGUCACCGAGCCCUGCCCGGUCACCUCCAACAAAGUCACCGUCGUCGGCACCGGCCAGGUCGGAAUGGCCACCAUCUUCAGCCUGCUAGCCCAGGGCGUAUCGAACGAUAUCUGCAUGAUCGAUAUGGUAGAGGACAAACUGCAGGGCGAAUUGAUGGACCUCCAGCACGGUUCGCUGUUUUUGAACAACCCCAAAAUAACGGCGAGCAAAGAAUUCAAAACGACCGCCGGCUCGAAGCUGUGCAUCGUGACGGCGGGCGUCCGCCAAAAAGAGGGCGAAAGCCGCCUGAAGCUAGUCCAACGCAACGCCGACGUGUUCAAGAACAUCAUACCGAACCUGGUGCAGUACUCGCCCAACACCAUCCUGAUGAUCGUCAGCAAUCCCUGCGACAUCCUCACGUACGUCGCCUGGAAGCUGAGCGGCCUGCCCGAGAACCGCGUCCUCGGCUCCGGCACCAACCUCGACUCGUCCCGCUUCCGCUUCCUCAUCUCCAAGAAGCUCGGCACCAGCACCAGCAGCGUGCACGGCUGGAUCAUCGGCGAGCACGGCGACAGCAGCGUGCCGGUGUGGUCGGGAGUGAACGUGGCCGGCGUCCGGCUGAAGGACAUCUCACCGAAAUUGGGCACCGACGACGAUCCGGAGUGCUGGAAGGUGAUCCACCGGGACGUGGUGCAAUCGGCCUACGAGAUCAUCAAGCUGAAGGGCUUCACCAAUUGGGCGAUCGGUUUGAGCGCCGCCGCUUUGGCCAAUACGAUACUCACCAAUCAGCACAACGUGCACGCCGUGUCCGUUUUAGUCAAGGGCAUGCACAACCUGGACCAGGAGGUGUUCCUGUCGCUGCCGGCCGUGCUGGGCAGCAACGGCGUGGAGAAGGUGGUGCUGCAGAAACUGGCCUCGAACGAACGGUGCGCGCUCAAGUUUACGGCGGCCAUGUUGGAGGAGAUUCAAGGAGGCAUCAAAAUUUGA